AUUUCACCAUCCUUUUUCCUCAACAACAACAACAACAACAAAAAAUGGCUUCUUCCAAGCUUAAAAAAACAUGUUCCUUCACCCUCCUCCUCCUUUGUUCUUUGAAUUUCACACUUUUCAUCCUCUCCGGCGCUUCAUUCGCACCCACCAUUCUCCUCAAAAUACCACCAACUUCAUUUGGCAUGGCAUUCCUCAUGGUUUCCACCAUCUCACUUCUCUCAUCUUUUGUAGGUUUCUAUUCCCACCUCACACACUUAUGUUUUCUAACUCACAUUUCGCUCACACUCGCUUCCUUGAUAGGACAAGUUCUCACGAUAUUCGCAUUGUUCACCAAAGAGAAAGCAAGCCUUUCCAUGUUAAAGUCGUCGCGGGACCCAAAAGAAGCUAAACUUUUGGUGAGACUUGAAUGUGGGGCUUUGGUGGUUAUGUGUAUGUUGCAGUUUGUUGUGUUGGUGUUGAGUUGUGUAGUGCAUAGUUGUUUGGUGAAAGAUUAUGAGGAACUUGAAGCAGAGAAAGAGAGUUUGGCUAGGAGGAGGAGUAGAAGGAUUGCUAAAGUGCAAGAGGAAUCCACUGCAAAUAUAAUUAAGAUUGAUGAAAUUAAAGAUAAAGAGUUUGAUGACAAAAUUACAAGCAAAUAUGGGCAGUGGGUGAAGACUGAUUUUCAACCAUCAGACUUCUCAGCAUCUUAAUUUCCUCAUUUUCACUUCUUAUUGUUGCUGUUGUUUGUUGUGGUCACUUUGGUGUGGCUAUCUUUCUUCGGAAUUUCUAUUCAUAUGUGAAUUGUGACCAUCCCUCAUCAUGUUAUUACUAUAGAAUAACAACAAUUUGCCUGUCCA